GAGAGAGAGAGAGAGAGAGAAAAUGACGCGAGUCAAUGAAUGAUGUAGACUAGAGGUAAGUGCACAAGAGGGCCAACACUUUGACAGCUUGCAGGAGGAGAGAGGGGUUUCACCCGGUCUAUUAAGGUCUAUACUUGGGAUUUGGGAGGAUUUUAAUUGGUGACCAUUGACAGAAGGACUCUACACAAGGCAGAGUUACAAACGUUAAGAUAUGGAUAUUGGAGGUUUGGAGACUGUGGUGGCCAACUCUGCCUACGUUUCAGCACGUGGAAGUAUAGACAGCACUGCGGCGGCAACCAUGCGGGACAAAAAAUACCGCGCAAAGCUCAACCUGCCACACUUAAGACAAUGUGAACACAUGAAGACAACAGUUGAGUCUUCAUUUGACAGUAUGUGUGUACGCCAGCCAAUUGGCAAACGGCUCUUUCAGCAGUAUCUCGAAAGUGAACCUGCUUACAAGAAUGCUGCAGAUUUGUGGAAAGAUAUUGAAGAUUACAAUGUCGCCCAGAAGGAAGACAGGCUUCAAAAAGCACAAAAGAUUGUGAACAAAUACUUUGAGACUUCUUCCAAAAACUUUAGCAAUUUCCUGGGGCAUAAAGCAGUGAGCAUGGUGAAAGAGGACUACAAGAACAUUCGAGGAGAUCUUUUUAAAGAGAUAGAACACCAGAUCCUUGGUCACCUGGAAGCUACAGCGCUAAAUGGCUUUAGGAAUAGCAUGUACUUUCUGCGUUAUGUACAGUUUAAAUGGCUGGAGAGUCAGCCUGUUACCGAGGAUUGGUUCAUGGAUUUCAGAGUGCUUGGGAAAGGUGGAUUUGGUGAGGUCCAUGCUUGCCAAAUGAAGGCAACAGGGAAGAUGUACGCUAAUAAAAAACUGAACAAGAAGAGGUUGAAGAAACGUAAAGGUUAUGACGGUGCUAUUAUUGAGAAACGCAUCCUGGCUAAAGUACACAGUCGCUUCAUUGUGACUCUGGCCUAUGCUUUCCAGACCAAAACAGACCUCUGUCUGGUCAUGACCAUCAUGAAUGGAGGAGACCUCAGAUUCCAUAUGUAUAAUGUGGAUGAGAAAAAUCCAGGCUUUAAUGAAACAAGAGCUUGUUAUUACAUGGCUCAGAUCAUCUGUGGGCUUGAGCAUUUGCACCAGCACAGGAUUGUGUACAGAGACCUCAAGCCAGAGAACGUUCUCUUGGAUGAUGCAGGACAUGUACGUCUGUCUGAUAUGGGGUUAGCUGUUGAACUACUGCCAGGAAAAGAUAAAACACAAGGAUAUGCUGGGACUCCAGGUUUCAUGGCUCCAGAACUUUUAUUGAAUAAAGAUUAUGACUAUACUGUAGACUACUUCACUCUGGGGGUCACUCUAUACGAGAUGGUUGCUGCCAAAGGUCCCUUCAGGUGUCGUGGAGAGCAGGUGGACAACAAUGAGGUGACACGUCGUAUCCUAAAUGACCCUGUUUCAUACCCCCCUACCUUUAGCAAGGAGCUUAUAGACAUCUGUGAAGGACUAAUGAAGAAAGAACCAGAAAAGAGACUUGGCUUCAAGAACAAUGAGUGUGCUGAGCUGAAGAAUCAUUCCUUCUUUAAAGAGCUCAACUGGGGGAGAUUAGAGGCGGGAAUGCUUCCACCUCCCUUUGUUCCAGAUCCUAAGAUGGUCUAUGCUAAGGACAUUGAUGAUGUGGGAGCAUUUAGCACCAUCAAAGGUGUUGUGACUGACAACACAGACAAUGAAUUCUACAAUGAGUUUGCAACCGGAAAUAUUCCAAUUCCAUGGCAGGAGGAGAUGAUCGAGACAGGAGUGUUUGGGGAGCUGAAUGUCUGGGGACAAAAUGGAAAACUGCCAAAUGAUCUGGAUCCCAACUAUGUGGAAGCGAAAGGUGGGGGCUGUGUGAUACUGUGAAAAAAAGAGAAAGCAAAAGAGAAACUAACGGCUGAACAAAAGGCGUGACAAUGGAAAAUAAGUUAAUCCUUAAAUUGAUUUGAAGUGCUUAAGCAAAAAGACAUAGAAAGAGGAAUAUAUAUGUUUUGUAAGAAUGUUCUACUUAAUUCUUUUUGACAUUACUUGUAAUAACUGUGUUCCAGCCCACAUCCUUGGUUUACGUAGGCAUACUUUUCUGUUAAAAGGAUGAUGACAGUAUUUAGCAAUGAUGGAAAUGGAAUUUUCUUAAAAUGUACUUAAGAUUGUUGUGCUAUGUUGUUAUUUGUGUUUGUACACGUACAGUGUUUAAUUUAUGAGGGGUUUUUGCAACAGAGGAUGUAAGCAUAGAAAGAGGAAUUGAAAUCUAGUUAAUGUUAAAUGAAGGAACAGAAAAAGUAACCCGUAUCGGCUUAAAAGUAAUAAAGGAAGUAAAAUUAAUGUUUACUUUCAUGGUUCACAUACAUUGUUUUAGACUUUCCAGGAGGUGUUUACUGUUUGUUAACACAUUCAUUUUUUGCAUAAAUGACACGUUACGUAAAGUUGUAAGAUAUAUUGCAGUCUGACAAUAAAAAAAACUGUCAAUAAAAUGUUAAUGUAGGAGAAAGUCCUGUGUUUUGUUUUUGUUUUGGUGGAGGUUGAUUAGUAUAAAAUUACCUGCUUCUGAAAUGUUGAACUGGGAGACUUCGGUUGUUCCAGUUGAGAUAAUCUGUUCUAUAUGGCAAUUAAUUUCAUGGCAUUU